AUGAAGAGAACGCAAGCGCUGGAACGCCUUAGAAAGCUGACCAGCGAAUUGCAUGAGUUUGUCAAAUCAAAGGUCAACAUCCAUAAGGAGAUAAAGACCAAGACAACCAGUGUAGUUAACGCCCUUCAAAGGUUUAAAACACUGGAUGAAGAAUGGCAGUCAUCUCGACGACUCACUCCCCGUGUUACUCCGGAGAAAAGCAGUCAACCUACUGCUGAGACGGAAGAAGCAAUGGACACUGGAGUCGAUGGUGACAAUGAAUCUGUCGCUGGAGACAAAAGCGAAACUGGCACCAAGUCUAAUAAGAGAAAGUACCGAACCUCUCCGGACCCAACGGUCAGCCAAGUCACGAAGAGGAAGAACUUGAAGAGGAGCCCACUGCAAAGGGCAACAGUGCAGAGCGGCGAACAUAAAAAGACGACUGCUUGGCAGAUAGUUCAGUCCAAGAAAGAACUGAAGAAGCAAAGAAAGGAGCAGCUCCCAAAGCAGCCGCCAACGGGACCCCGACCUGAACCCAAGCGAAAGAAACCGCGUAAAUGGAUCAGACCGGAUGCUCUUAUUAUCCGACCAGCCCAGAAGGAGAAAUACGCUGACAUCCUGCGGCGAAUAAAGAUGGACGUCCAUGAUGACCAGGCCCGCUCGUCUGUAGAAAAGAUCCUUAAGACCAAGAGCGGUGACAUGCUCAUCACCCUUUCGAAGAAGAGCACUGACAAAGGUCAAGCAUUGCAGAAGGCCAUUGCGGGCAUCCUCAAAGAGGACGCUGAAGUAAUCUGCAAAGGACCGCAAGAAGUCAUCGAGAUACGAGACGUGGAUGACACGACAACGAAAGAAGACAUCCAGACCGCUCUACGAAAAGAAGCUGGGGGAAAUUGUGAGAUACCACUGGAGGCAAUCAAGAUCCGUAAGGCCUACAGAGGUACUCAGACUGCUACAGUGACUCUACCAGCGGUUCUAGCUCAGACACUGCUAGGAAGAAACGGCAAAAUAAGGAUCGGUUGGGUCAACUGCCGAAUAAGAGCAACAAAGAGACCGAUCCAAUGCUUCAAAUGCUGGAACUUUGGACAUUUUGGUUCCCAGUGUAAAAGUGAAGUGAACCGGUCUAAUCUGUGCAUCAGAUGCGGGCAAGAAGGGCACAAGAUCGCUGACUGUAAAAACCCAGCUAAAUGCGUACUGUGCAUUGAACGUCACGGCGCAGAGAAGGCUGCCCACCAUGCAGGCACUCAGAUGCCCGGCCUUCCAAGAAGCGCUCCAGAAGAUAACGAACACAAGAACAUGAAGAUAUUACAACUCAACCUCAAUCAUUGUGAGGCUGCGCACGACCUGCUCAUGCAGACCGCGCGCGAACUUGAGCUAGACCUAGUACUAAUAGCAGAGCCAUACAAACACCUGAAUACCCAACCUUGGGAAUCGGACAGCACCACCAAAGCUGUCAUCUGGUCUUGUGGCAAAUCUCCUUUCCAGGACGCAAUAAAUAAUAGAGAAGCUGGAUUUGUAGCAGCAUGGGUAGACGGUAUACGUUUCUACAGUUGCUAUGCACCGCCAAGUCUCUCUACUGAGCAAUUCGCAGAUUUCCUUGAUCGGCUAAUCGAGGAUGCAAGACAAUAUUACCCCGUAGCAAUAGCCGGUGACUUCAACUCCUGGGCGAUAGACUGGGGUAGCAAGUUGACUAAUCCACGGGGAAAGGCACUACUCGAGGCAAUGGCCACACUAGAUGUUGUCCUUCUUAACACCG